AUGAAUAACGAAGAUACAGAAGAUACAGAGGAAAUUAUCGGAUCAACACACUCAAAUAGUUAUGAUGGUAUUUUAUCAUCAUCGGAAGAAUUAUUUGAUCCGAGUAGAGAUAGAUAUCCCUAUUGUAUUGUUUGGACACCAAUUCCAUUGAUAACAUGGUUUUUACCAUUUGUUGGACAUAUGGGUAUUGCCAAUUCAAAAGGUAUUAUCCAUGAUUUUGCUGGACCUUAUUAUAUUAGUGUUGAUGAUUUUGCAUUUGGAAAACCAACCCGAUAUUUAAAUAUUAAGAAUCAAUUGAGUCAAGAACAAUUGGAAAAUUAUGAUUCGAAUAUUAAGAGUGGAGCCAAAUGUUUUAGAUCGAAAAUGUAUAAUUUCUUUUGUCAGAAUUGUCAUCAUUAUACGGUUCAUUGUUUAAAUCAAAUGAAAUUCAAGAAUAGAAAUAUUGGCAUUGUUGAAAUUGGAUUUUUAAUGUUUUUCUAUGGAAAAUAUGUUAAUGGAGUGAGUGGCAUAUUGAAAACUUGGUUACCCUUCUUGAUUCUCUUAGCAUUGGUAGGUUUAAUUGUAGUAAUGGCCGUUGUAAUCCCAUCCGUUGUUUUGAAUUGAAAAACUUUAAUAUUGAAAUUAAUAAGGUUUUGAGUUUUUUCACAUAUGCUUUUAGAUUUUAAUUUUCAAUAAAUAAAUACAUAAAAGCGAUCCCCUUAGUGUCG